CACUUCUUAAGGAUCCACGCCCGAACCAGAGCUUAGGAUUUGUCGCGUCUCUGAAGUCUCCCUUGUCCGCUUGCGAGUUUGUGAAGCUUCUAUAUUAUCUAAUCCAUGGCGUUUAGAAGAAUGAAUUGAGUUCAGAAACCGAGGAUUCAAGUCGACAAUGGAGACGGAACUGAAAGAUUAUGGUAUCAAUAACCAUAAUCAAGUGCCUGAACCAGCCGACGAGCCUCGCGGUGGGGAUUCGAGAAAGGACGAGCGACCUUUGUUGAAAUCGGAUUCCAAUUUGAGCUCUUCUCCUCUUUCUGCUGAGAAUCUGCAGGAACUCGAUAAGAAAUACGCCGCUUUCGUGAGAAGAGAUGUUUACGGGACGAUGGGGAGAGGGGAACUGCCGUGGUCGGAAAAACUUCUGCUCGUAUUCGCUCUUGUCACGCUCGUUCCGAUCCGUGUAGUUGUGGCAAUGACUAUACUGAUACUCUACAGCUUGAUUUGCCGGUUCUGUACGCUUUUCACAGUUCCGAAUCGAGAUGAAGGACAGGAAAAUUAUGCUCACUUGAGUGGGUGGAGAAGAGUCGUCAUUGUUCAUGCUGGAAAGUUCCUCUCUAGGGCAUUAUUCUUCACGUUUGGUUUUUAUUGGAUUAGCGAGACUCGUCGCAAUGCUGAUGCGGUGGAGAAAUUAGCCGGCGAGAAUGUCUGCAAAGAACAAUCUGAAGAACUUGAAAGACCUGGGGCAAUCAUUUCGAACCACAUAUCUCAUAUGGAUAUUUUAUAUCAUAUGUGUUCUUCUUUUCCGAGCUUUGUUGCUAAGAGAUCAGUGGCUAAACUUCCUUUUGUUGGUCUCAUGAGCAAAUGUAUGGGUUGUGUUUAUGUCCAGCGGGAAUCAAAAUCAUCUGACUUUAAGGGUGUUUCAGGUAUUGUGACAGACAGAGUUAAGGAAGCCCAUCAGAACAAAAAUGCUCCAAUGAUGUUGCUUUUUCCAGAGGGCACAACGACAAAUGGAGACUUCCUCCUUCCAUUCAAGACAGGUGCAUUCUUGUCGAAAUCCCCUGUGCUUCCAGUGAUCCUAAGAUAUCCUUACCAGAGAUUUAGUCCAUCCUGGGAUACCAUUUCUGGGGCACGCCAUGUGAUUUUGCUUCUCUGUCAAUUUGUGAAUCACAUUGAGGUGACAAAGUUACCUGUUUACCACCCCUCAGAGCAAGAAAAGGAGGAUCCAAUACUUUAUGCUAAUAAUGUCCGAAAGUUAAUGGCUAGUGAGGGUAAUUUAACAAUGUCAGAUAUUGGAUUGGCUGAGAAGCGAAUCUAUCAUGCUACGCUCAAUGGUUUGUUUUGCCAAAGCUAACACGGAUUCGCGAUCUGUAAAUUCUGUAUGUUACAGGAAAGAAAAGGAAAAUAAUUAUUUUUUCCACUGAGCUAUUAUUGUUGUCCUACUCACUGUGAAUUAUAGAUGCCUAGACCUUGGAGAAAUGUUUAUAGAGCUUUGGGGUCUUUCUAACAUCUGGUUGUACCUUUAUUUCGACAACUCUUGGUUUCGAUUGUCCUGUGCUUUGUUAGUAUUCUUGUCCUAGACUGUCCAUUCCAUCACCCUUCUCAUCUACGACCUCGCCUGCACUGGCUUCUGUAGAAUGUUUUAGAACAUCCGCAGUGACUAGGCAUUACCAUUGCCAUGAGUAUUACUUGCCAUGAAAGCAGCACUUGUGGAGGUGUUGAUGUUUGUUAUGU